UCAGGUUGUAGCACGGCGGUUAAAGCAACAAGGAAAGAAAAAGGCGAAAAGCUGCUAUCAAAAAACUAAUCUCGAAGGCUAUGCUUUGCGAACCGGAAACUUGUUCACCAUAGAGCUAUCCUAACCCGCCAUGCCUUGUGGCUCCCGUAAACUGCCGAGUUUUUCUCUAGUAGUGUCAGUGUAUGCUCGUCUGCUUGAAGACUCAGCGUGGCUUUUAAGUGCGUGUAGCCGUUUUUGAACCGUGGAGCCUUGAGCUCUUCAGCUUCAACAGCUGCACUGCAGUGGCUGCAAUCAACCCCGUAGCGUUUACUUUUUAGUAGCGCGUAAUCGACCUGUGACAAACUUCUCUUGUGAAUAGCCCACUUGUGACUAGGCCGGCGAGAUGUCAAGGGCUCGCCUCGCGCACAAGUUGAAAUCGAUGGCUGCCAUUGUGGGUGGGGCCUCCCUGAGCUUUGUGGGCGUGGCAACCAUGUGCGGACAGGCAGACUUCUACAGCCACUUCCUGAUGCCCGCCGUGCAUACUGUGCUGGACCCAGAGCGUGCACACCUGCUGGGUGUCCAGGUGGCGCGGCUGCAGCUGCUGCGUCCCCAGCGGGAGCCCGACCCUGAUGUUUUGCACACAGAGCUCUUUGGCCUGCAGUUCUCCAACCCAAUAGGUCUGGCAGCAGGCUUUGACAAGCAUGCAGAAGGUGUGCCUGGUGCCCAUGACUGGGGCUUUGGCUUUGUUGAGGUUGGCUCAGUGACCCCACUGCCACAGCCUGGAAACCCCCGGCCACGUGUGUUUCGGCUCACUGAAGAUCUUGCGGUGGUCAACAGGUACGGCUUCAACAGUGUGGGCCAUGAGCAGGUGUGGUCUUCCCUGCAUAGCAGCCGUGCUGCGUGGCGCGGCCCAGUGGGUGUCAACCUGGGUCGCAACAAGGAAAGUUCAAACGCAGCUGCCGACUACGUGGCAGGUGUUCACCGCUUUGCUGACCUGGCUGAUUACCUGGUGGUGAACGUGUCAAGCCCAAAUACUCCAGGGCUGCGCACACUGCAGGGGCGGCACCACCUUGAGAAUCUGCUGCGCAAGGUGCUGGAGGCAAGGGACAGCUUACCCAGGAGACUGCCCGUGCUGGUCAAGAUUGCCCCCGACCUGAGUGAUGAGGAGAAAGCAGACAUUGCAGCUGCUGUCACAAACACCAAGGUAGAUGGCCUGGUAGUGUGCAACACGACCGUCUCACGGCCCAGCAGUCUGCGCAGUGAGCACCGGGCUCAGCCGGGGGGCCUCAGUGGCAGGCCACUCAGGGACCUCUCCACACAGACCAUUGCAGACCUCUACCGCCUCACAAAAGGAUCCAUACCGAUUGUGGGUGUUGGAGGUGUGUUCUCUGGUGAGGAUGCGUACGCCAAGAUCCGCGCGGGGGCAUCUGCUGUGCAGCUGUACUCUGCCCUCAUCUACAACGGUCCACCUGUGGUGCGCACGGUCAAGACACAGCUGGCCGAGCUGCUCAGACAAGAUGGAUAUAUAAGAGUUCAAGACGCCGUUGGAGCUGACCACAAAAAAUGAAGAAGGCAAAGAUAUCUGUGCCACAGACCUUUUAUUUUUCUGCACCGAAAGAAUACGCUUUACAUUGAAAAUUGUUUGAAGACUUGUCUUAGUUUUAAAGCUGCAGAGUGCUUGGUACAAUAUAAAAGGAUGGAAAGUUAGGCGGGUUCGUGCGGUAACAUAUUUUUAGUUUAUAGUGUGAAGGGACACAGACUAAGACUAGAAGCAGACAGGACGAGCGCUCAUUCUGUCUGCUUCUAGUCUUCAUCUGUGUCCCUUCGCUCUAUAAACUAAAGAAUUGGUACAAUAGUAGGGCUGCGAAUGUUGUGCAGUAGUUUUUUAUGCAGCACCACAGAAGCAAGUGACCAGCUGCAGUUGAUGAGUGGGAGCAUAAAGCUCCGAGGUUACGCCAUAGCAGAGUGCUUAGUGAAGAUGACCAGUGAAGAUGACUGUCAAAGUAAGCCAAGCCUAUAAUGUUUUGAACUAUCCUUUCUAGUUAAACUUCUUGUCUGUUUGAAGAGUUGUCAUUUACUGGAGCUGUUCAAUGGCUGCGUGACACCAUCUAGCACAUGCAUGACAGCAACACACGCCGCUAUGUGUGUGCCUGGUGACAAACACACGACUUCCUUUUGUCGUAAACAUGUGAAGCAGCAUGUAACCUUAGACAGAACAAAAAAGACAGCAGACUUAGGCAGUUCAUUCUGCUCUGAACUCAUUUACUGCAACAGUAGCAUUCUCCUGCCUUGAAGAUGACCAGUAAAUUAUUUUCCAGCGAACAUGCGGCUCAUACUGACUAUGCACUAUUAAAAAAAGUUGGACCCUUUGAUGCUUA